UCCCCGCGGUUCGUUUCUCGGCGCUGGAGAGUGUGGGACCGGGGCUGGAGAGAGAUCGCCGGGGAGAUUCAGCAGAACCAGUCCAGCACGGAGCGUGGAGCCGGGCCGACUGCUGCGCCGUGCACUCUUCUUUUUGGGGGACUGCACACCAUUCUUGUGAAAUAUUACUGCUUUUAAUGGCAUGUGGCUUGUAACUUUACUUCUGCUCUAUUCUUUGCAAGAAGUCAACAGUGAAGAUGUUGUCUCCACGCGACUGUACUUUGUGAACGCCUCCCUACAGCGGGUGACCUUCUCCAGCUCGGUGGGGGUGUCCCUGCCCUGCCCUGCGGGCGGCGCCCCCCAUGCCGUCCUGCGCUGGUACCUGGCUGCCGGAGACGACAUUUACGACGUGCCACACAUCCGCCACGUGCACGCCAAUGGCACUCUCCAGCUCUACCCAUUCUCUCCCUCCGCUUAUAACAGCAUCAUCCACGACAAUGAAUACUUCUGCACUGCUGAGAACCAGGCGGGCAAGAUUCGGAGCCCCAGCAUCCACGUCAAAGCAGUGUUUCGGGAGCCAUACACGGUCCGAGUGGCUGACCAGCGCUCCAUGCGAGGAAAUGUCGCCGUGUUCAAGUGCCUCAUCCCCUCUGCCGUCCAGGAGUAUGUCAGUGUGGUUUCCUGGGAGAAAGACACCGUCUCCAUCGUCCCAGGUAACCGUUUCUUCCUGACUGCAUUCGGUACCCUGUACAUCUCAGAGGUCCAGAAGGAAGAUGCUCUGUCCACCUACCGCUGCAUCACCAAGCACAAGUACAGUGGAGAGACUCGCCAGAGCAAUGGAGCCAGGCUGUCUGUUAUGGACCCUACGGAGUCCACGCCUACUGUCAUGGACAGUUUCCAGUCUGGCGAAGUGCAAAUAGGGCACAGUGUGGAGCUGCCCUGUAUUGCAUCUGGAUACCCCAACCCCACAAUCAGAUGGUUAAAAGAUGGGCGGCCAUUACCCACAGACUCCCGCUGGACUCGCCGCAUUACCGGCCUCACCAUCGCUGACUUGAGGCUGGAAGACAGCGGAAAUUACAUCUGUGAGGUCACCAACAGCUUCGGCUCCAAGGAGGUGACGGGUCACCUCAAUGUCAUAGAGCCGUUGCGGGUUACCUUGUCCCCAAAGAAUCUGAAGACGGGGAUCAGCAGCACAGUCAUUCUGUCGUGUGCCGUUCAGGGAUCUCCACAUUUUUCUGUGUCGUGGUACCGUAACACAGAACUUGUUACGCCUGACCAGCACUUCUCAAUUCAAGGCUCUCACAACGAGACGUUGUUCAUUUCUGCUGCCCAAAAAAGACACUCAGGAGCCUACCAGUGCUUUGCUACACGCAAAGGUCAAACUGCCCAGGACUUCUCUAUAAUUCUGUUGGAAGAUGGAACGCCGCGCAUUGUUGCCUCCUUCAGCGAGAAAGUGGUCGUCCCCGGUGAGCCAUUUUCCCUGAUGUGCUCCGCCAAAGGAGCCCCGCCGCCGACCAUCACGUGGACCCUGGACGACGAGCCCGUGAUCCGGGAUCUGUCGCGCGUGAGGGCCAGCCAGUACACGCUCUCGGACGGCAGCACCGUGAGCCAUGUCAACCUCAGCAACCCUCAGAUCCGGGAUGGAGGAGUGUAUCGGUGCGCCGCACGAAACUCGGCCGGUAGCGCCGAGUACCAAGCGCGCAUAAACGUAAGAGGUCCUCCGAGAAUUCGGCCAAUGAAGAACAUCACCGCAGUAGCAGGGAGAAACACUUUUAUAAACUGUCGUGUGAUUGGUUACCCAUACUAUUCGAUCAACUGGUACAAAGAGGGACUUCUGCUGCCCGACAACCAUCGACAGGUGGUGUUUGAGAAUGGAACGCUGAAACUCAGCGACGUCCAGAAGGGGAUGGACGAGGGCGCCUACGUCUGCAGCGUUCUCAUCCAACCGCAACUCUUCAUCACGCAGACGGUUCACGUCACAGUCAAAGUUCCUCCGCUGAUCCAGCCAUUUGAUUUCCCUCCGACGUCUAUCGGGAAGCUCAUGUACAUUGCUUGUGUGGUGGCCUCUGGGGACAUGCCGAUUCGCAUCACGUGGCGCAAGGAUGGCCAGGAAAUUGUUCCCUCAUCAGGCAUCACCAUAGACACCAAGGAGUUCAUGAGCUCCCUCCAGAUAUCCAAGGUGUCGCUGAAACACAACGGCAACUACACCUGUAUUGCUAGCAAUGAUGCCGCCACUGUGAGCACUGAGAGGCAGCUCACGGUCACAGUGCCACCUCGGUUCGUGGUCCAGCCCAACAACCAGGAUGGCAUCUAUGGCAAGGCAGGGAUUCUUAACUGCUCAGUCGAUGGAUACCCUCCUCCGAAGGUCAUGUGGAAGCACGCCAAAGGAGCACUAGCCGGCAUUGGGAACCCACAGCAGUACCACCCCGUGCCUCUGACCGGUCGCAUCCAGAUCAUGAAUAAUGGCUCCCUACUCAUCAGACAUGUCCUGGAAGAGGAUCGUGGGUUCUACCUCUGCCAGGCCUCCAAUGGCGUGGGCUCUGACAUCAGCAAGAGCAUGGUUCUCACAGUGAAGAUCCCGGCCAUGAUCACGAGUCACCCUAACACAACAAUUGCCAAGAAGGGUCACCUCAAGGAGCUGAACUGCACAGCCAGAGGAGAAUGGCCCAUCAUCAUUCGCUGGGAAAGAGGCGACACGGUCAUUGACCCUGACCGUAAUCCCAGAUACUCCAUUACCACGAGCCCCAAUGAGAAGACUGACGAGGUGCUGUCUACGCUCAAGCUGAAACCAGCCGAGCGCGAGGAUUCAGUUUUCUUUUCCUGUCAUGCCAUCAACUCUUACGGUGAAGGACGAGGGCUGAUCCAGCUCACAGUUCAAGAGCCCCCGGAUCCUCCAGAGCUGGAGGUGAGAGAGGUCAAAGAUCGGAGCAUGAAUCUGAGGUGGACACAGCGCUUUGAUGGAAACAGCGUCAUUACGUCCUACGAUAUCGAGUACAAAAACAAGACAGACACAUGGGAGCUGAAGCACGCCACUCGCAACAUCUCCCCCAGCAACAACCAGGCCAACAUAGUGGACCUCCACCCCGCCUCCGUCUACAGCAUCCGAAUGUAUUCCUACAAUGCCAUCGGCAAGAGUGAAGCCAGUAAGGAGCUCACUAUCAGCACAGAGGAAGCACAGCCUGAUGGUCCCCCAAUCGAUGUGAUUCUGCAGCCAGUGACCUCUCAAAGUAUUCGGGUCACAUGGAAGGCGCCCAGGAAGGAGCUCCAGAACGGCGUGAUUCGGGGCUACCAGAUCGGCUACAGGGAGAACGGCCCCGGCAGUAACGGCCAGUACAGCAUCGUGGAGAUGAAGGCCACUGGGGACAGUGAGGUGUACACGCUGGACAACCUAAAAAAGUUUGCCCAGUACGGUGUGGUGGUCCAGGCCUUCAACAGAGCAGGCACCGGGCCCUCCAGCUCGGAGAUCAACGCCACAACACUGGAGGAUGUUCCGAGCCAGCCUCCUCAGAAUGUGCGUGCCAUUUCUGUCACAUCGGACGAGGCGGUGAUCACGUGGGCCGAGCCUCCCAGAAUGACCCUGCACGGAGUUCUGAAGGGAUACCGCGUCGUGUUUUGGGCCGUCUUCCCAGACGGAGAGUGGAGUGAAAUGAAAAACAUCACCACCAUCAAGGAGCAAGUGGAGCUCCGAGGGCUGGAGAAAUUCACCAACUACAGCAUCCAGGUCCUGGCCUACACCCAGGCGGGUGACGGCGUGCGCAGCAACGUGCUCUACAUCCAGACCCGUGAAGACUACCCGGGGCCCCCAGCUGGCAUCAAGGCUGUGCCCUCGUCCGCCAGCAGCGUCGUCGUGUCCUGGCUGCCUCCUCACAAGCCCAACGGGAUCAUCCGAAAGUACACCAUCUACUGCUCCAGUCCCGGGUCCGGCCAGCCUAUGCCGAGCGAGUAUGAAGCAAACCCCCAGCUGCUGCUGUACCGAAUCACUCACCUGAACCACCGGCAGCAGUACCUGAUCUGGGCGGCAGCGGUCACCACGGCAGGACGAGGAAACUUCAGCGACAAGGUUACUGUCGAGCCAGCAUCCAAAGCUCCUGCAAAGAUCUUGUCUUUUGGAGGUACGGUGACCACACCUUGGAUGAAGGAGGUGCGACUGCCGUGCAGCUCAGUCGGAGAACCAACUCCAAGUAUUAAAUGGACCAAAGACAGCGAGGACACUGCGACGCCACUAUCGGUGGACGGUCAGCGUCUCAUUUUGGGAAACGGCACUCUGGUUCUGCGUUCAGUCAAGGCUGAAGACUCUGGUUACUACACCUGCACGGCCACCAACACUCUCGGCUUCGACACCAUCAUCGUCAACCUGGUGGUGCAAGUCCCUCCGGACCAGCCUCGCCUGACCGUCUCCACAACCUCGACCUCCUCCAUCACUCUGGCCUGGAUCCCGGGAGACAACGGCGGGAGUUCCAUCAGAGGGUUUGUGCUGCAGUACUCAGUGGACAACACAGAAGAGUGGAAGGACGUCUUCAUCAGCUCCAGUGAACACUCCUUUAAACUGGACAACCUGCGCUGCGGAACCUGGUACAAGGUCAAGUUGGCUGCCAAGAAUAGUGUGGGAGCAGGACGCAUCAGUGAGAUCAUCGAGGCAAAAACUCACGGAAGAGAGCCCCAGUUUAACAAGGACCAGCCCGUCUUCACGCACAUCAACUCCAGCCACGCCAGACUCAACCUGCAGGGCUGGGCUAGUGGAGGGUGUCCCAUCAGCAUCGUCACGCUGGAGUUCCGACCUAAAGGUACCUGGGCUUGGCAGAGCGUUCGCACCAAUGCUACUGCUGACGUCUUCCUGGCAGAGCUGCGUGAAGCCACCUGGUACGAACUGAAGAUGAAGGCGUGCAACAGCGCAGGAUGUGGUAACCAGAGCACGCAGUUUGCUACCCUGGAUUAUGAUGGGAGUACAAUUCCUCCAAUCAAAUCACCGCUGGAAAAGAACGAUGACGUGAAGAAGCUGUUCUCCAUCGGCUCGCCUGUGAUCCUGAUCACUCUGGGUGUGGCGCUGCUCUUCAUCAUCCGCAAGAAGCGCAAGGAAAAGAGGCUGAAGCGACUGCGAGACGCCAAAAGUCUGGCAGAAAUGCUCAUCAGCAAGAACAACCGCAGCUUUGACACGCCAGUGAAAGGACCUCCCCAGGGCCCGCGAUUACACAUCGACAUCCCCAGAGUGCAGCUGCUAAUUGAAGACAAAGAGGGCAUCAAGCAAAUUGGUGAGGACAAAGCCACCAUACCUGUGACAGACACAGAGUUCAACCAGACUGGGAACCCUCAGAGCUUCUGCACCGGCGUGUCCGUUCACCACCCGGCGCUGAUCCAGAACACCGGCCCGUUGAUCGACAUGUCCGACAUUAGACCAGGAACCAACCCAGUGUCCAGGAAGAGUGUCAAGUCCGCCCACAGCAUCAGGAACCGCUACUCCAGCCAGUGGACUCUGACCAAGUGUCAGGCCUCGACGCCGGCGCGCACGCUCACCUCAGACUGGCGCACAGUGGGCUCGCAGCACGGCAUCACCGUCACCGAGAGCGACAGCUACAGCGCCAGCCUCUCGCAGGACACCGACAAGGGCCGCAACAGCAUGGUGUCGACGGAGAGCGCCUCCUCCACCUAUGAGGAGCUGGCCCGAGCCUACGAGCACGCCAAGCUGGAGGAGCACCUGCAGCACGCCAAGUUCGAGAUCACCGAGUGCUUCAUCUCCGACAGCUCCUCCGAUCAGAUGACCACCGGCACCAACGACAACGCCGACAGCAUGACGUCCAUGAGCACGCCGUCCGAGCCCGGCAUCUGCCGUUUCACCGCCUCGCCGCCCAAACCCCAGGACUACGAUCGUGGCAAGAAUGUAGCCGUGCCCAUCCCACACCGCGCCAAAAGUGACUACUGUAACAUACCCCUCUACAUGAAAUCAGAUCCCUUCUUCCGGAAGCAGUCGGAGCACCACGACCCGUGUCCAGUGGUUCCGCCCCGUGAAGCUUCUAUCCGUGGCCUCGCCCAGAGAGCGUACCACACCCAGGGUCGUCAUGUGACGAUGGACUCGGCUAAGCAGCAGGCUCUCACCAUGGGCCACUCUGGACUGUCCUCCUCCGGAGCGUCGAGCGGAGGAGCGGCAGGAGCCAGCGGGAGCGGAGGGAUGUCGGCCAGCUCCAGCAGCUCCACGCUCCCACAGAGAACUCUCACCAUGCCUGGCUCCUCCUCGGCCGCCGCCCAGAGCGCCGCGGCAGCUGCCGCCGCUACGGCCGCCGCAGCCGCUGGAGCAUCGUCCUCCUCCGGCGGAGCCACAGGAGGGACCCCCUCGUCCUCCAAGAUGGGCGGAUCUAGAGACUCUCUCCUGGAGAGCAGCUCCUCAGGCUUGGGCAGACUGCAGAAGCAGAGAGAUGGCGGCUCAGGAGCCUACUCCAAGUCUUACACGCUGGUGUAGCCGCUCUUAAAACUGGCCCAGCCAGGUUCACUGAGCCUCUAAAGAAGGCGAGGGUGAGACACAUGCCCUUUUGACCUAUCAGUGCCUGCAGUGCGCCGAGCUGCAGGCGGCUGCUGGGGCUCCCAUCAACACUGCUGUCAGAAGGGAUCAAAGUUGGGGUCUCCACAGCACAGGGGGUUGCCUUUCUUCUGCCUGAUUUCUAAUGUGUCAUCUCUUCACGUUUCUGAUCCCAGCACCCCGGCAAAACCCACACUCCAGAUUUUGUUAUCGUACUUGCACACUCGUUUAGACGCGCACUGUUUUGUUCUCUGGGAUCAGAAUGGCGAGAUAAUACUUUUAUUUUUAUUGACAAGAUGGUGGGGGGUUGCAGCUCUGGUGCCCCGGCAGGACGCUCAGAACACCGCCAUGGUGUUCCACUGGUGUUGGCUCCGUCAUGGAUCCAUGCUGUGGAGGGGAAGUCUGGACAGCUUUCUUAUCCAACCAAGUCCAGUGGUCUUACUUGAUGUUUCAUGAAAUGACUCGAAGAGGAGGAUAUAAAACAAAGGCUGAGCAGCAAGAGAAUCGAAAUCAAAGCCUUUUUCAUCUUUUAUUUUCGGAUGAGAAAAACAAAGUCUCAUCUGCACUAGAGGAAAUCGGAUCCAAGAAACCUUCACAAGCCUGAGUGUGAGUGUGUUUGUGCGUAUGGGUGUACAUGUGUAAAUAUAUACAGUAUAUGUAUACAUUUGCCAGGCGCGCACCAACAGUGGACCUUUUCAAAAGUGUAUGCUGACCUCUCUUGUGUCAAAACUGAGCCCCCCACUCUUUUAUUUUCUAACUAUGAUUUAGUCCAGUUAUUGAUGAUUGUUCUGGGGAAAGAUCGCAAACACACAGGUGAAGGGUGGACACAUGGAAAUGACUGGUAUUGAGGAUAUUGAGACACUUCUAUCUUGCUGCCACAAGCUUGAUUUGUUACGCCUGCCUUCACUUUAUCCCUUUAUUCUCUCCGUUUCUGCGCCCCGUCACAUCCACACGCCGUCACUGUGACCUGCUGCUAACAUGCAAACAUCAGCACACACGUUUAUAGAGAGAGAUCACCACUGCAUUUCAGUGUUUGGACAGCUAUUUUAAUGGCUGAAGACUUCUGGUAUUCCACAACUCACAGGCUGUUGCUACCACGCUUGAUAGCUUGGAAACGUCUCGGAUUCUUGCCUAAAACAAAGGGGUGAUGUCUUCAGGGAUAUGGAAGGACAAAUGGACGUAAAUCUGCUUUAAAAUUGGUGGUAAAAAAUAAAUAUAUAUCAUAGAUCUAACAUGCCUUUUGGGGUACAGUUUUUGAUUUGCUGGGAUUGAUUUUAGCUUUAUAGCAUGGUGCUUUUACAUUUCAUUUCUCAUUCAUUCUCCCAAAGCUUAAGUCACGAGAGAAGACGAAGAGAUGCUCCAAAUGUUUUAAACAAAAGAAGAAUCAUCAGGGCUCUCUCAAUAAAAAAAAAAAAAAACAUGUAUGUUUGUUUUGAAAAGUAUGUACAUAUAUAUUUCUAUUUAAAUAUAUAGCAAAUAUAUGAAUAAUGGAGAAAAAACAGAGAAUUAUAGAAAAAAAUCCAAUUUAAUUGAAGAUAUAUAUGAAAAACAAGACAAUCGCUCAGAGUGAGAAGAAGAGAAUUCAGCAACGGAUGAGGGAAGUGAAAAGAUGACGAUGAUAAACGGGUAGCCCAGGCGUGCGCGUGAGAGAGAACUGAGUGGAGAGAGUGGCUCUGUGAAACCUUGUGCUUCUGUCAAUGCUCCGCCCUGCGAGGAAGACGAGCACAGCCUACUGAAACUGUGUUGUCUGGUGCUGGUGCUGUUGUGGUUCACGGCUCCGUGCAGAGCGUGUGGUGUGGAAACAGGAAGCGAGGACUGACUACACGCUGAGUGGAGCCUGUUGUAGGAUGAAGGUAGUGAUGGGCUAGUGAGGCUUCAUGAAACCGUGUCCUCAUUCUCAGAGCCGUCUAGAUGGCGCUCUCUGCUCUAAGAUCUUUGGGUUUGACCAACCAUUUCAAUGAAAUUUCACCUCGUUUUUAAACCAACAGCGCCACCUGUUGAGCUCUAAAAAUAAGGACACUGUUUCAUGAAGCUUCACUGACCCAUCACUAGAUGGUGUGUCCACACUUGACAACAGUUUAAGCUGCUUCUGGUCGUCAAGCAUGCACUGCGACACUUGGUUUGAACUUCAACUUCAAGAAAGGCGUUGAUUUUUUUAAAUUUACUUUAAAACCUACCAUCAUGGUGUCUCACCGAUUCCGAAUGCAAUGAGCUCAAACGGACAGCAGAUGGCAGUAGCGCUACUGGCUUCCUUUAAGACGCCGACGCGACACGUGAAGAAGAGGCGGCAGUUCAGGUGUGAUGCUACAACUAAAACCACCGAUAAACACAGUUGAAGUUGCCAAGCAGUUUGGAUAAUUCCCUGAAACGGACCAUUACACUGAAAGAUGGGGUCGUGAACCGGACGGAACUUGUGACGUGAGUGAUUUACGGAAGGACGUUGUCGAAGUGGAUCUGUUUUCAUUUAGAUUAAAACUCUUCUCUGUGUUGCAGCACAUUCAAAAAACGAGUUCUUAGAGCCAGUUUUUCAAGAUCACUAUUACACUUUUUAUUUAUUUGCUAAUAUGUUCUAAUGAAUAAACAAAUUAAAUGAAUAAAUUCACUUAAAAUAGUAGUUUUACUUCAAACUUUACAAAGCCAAACAAAGAUAAUUGUAAUUCAGAACCAGCUUGUUUCUUGCCUCAACAAUAAACCCGGUGCUUGCUUGUGACCACAAAGAGUAUCUUUUCUGAACAUGAAUUAUUAUAAAUGGUUUUUCCUUUCAAGAGUCAACACUGCUGUAGUAAGGUGGAGUGAUUGAACUCCUGCUCCGUCACGUGUUCUCAGUUCAGUGGAAAGUCUGAUCUGCUGUCUGUUUUUUUUCUCUCUGGGAAAUUGGUUUUAACGCUGUAACUCACCCUUUUGUUGACGCCGUCCUUUGAGGUCUUUUAAAGUGACACGUUUGUAGUAACUUUCUCGAGCUGGUGUGUCACACGCUGUAGAGGUUUAAUUUAUUCAUAUCUACAGUCGAGUUUCAGAUGAAACUGAGGUUUUCCAGAACGUGUAGUUGGUGUUGACCACGUGUGUAGGUCAUGUUGGAAGGGAUCCCGCCGUCAAUGUCAACAGCUCGUGACCAGACUUCAUGCCCCCGACCCCCCGACCCCAGCUGAACUCGACUAAACCCAACUUGAGUUCCAGUGGAAGACUUGUACAUAGCAGAAGUGUUUUGUAUAAAUGAAUACUAUUUUCAACAUUUCACUAGGAACCAGGGCACAAUGUAAUCUUUAAACUGAAGUUAUUGUAACGAAGCAGAAGCGACGAUAAACUAUAGAAUUAUACAGAAAUCCAUUUUUAUCUGAAAAGCAUUCAGUUUAUUGAAACCAGAUCGAAGAUUUGGACUUAAACAUACAUGAAUAUUCACAACUUCUUUUGCAGGACAUUUGCUUUGUUUCAUUGUUUGUUUUUUUUAUUGAGUUUCUUUUGUUCAUUUUCUACUUUGUUUUUAGUUGUUGUUUUUUUUUUACCUGGGGUAGGACAGCAGCACCGCAUGUUCCUAAAAUGUUGCUGGCUAUUAACAAGUUGAAGGAGGAAGAGGGUGGGUGGUUACCUUCACUUUUCUUUUUUUUAAGCAGAGGUUGUUCCUUGAGAUUUUAUGAGGGGUUGUUGCUUCAAUUUGCAAUUGCUUGUGUUUAACUAUACAUUUUCUUUUCUAUGAAAACAGACAAAAAAGAAAAAGAGUACUCAACACCUUGUGCAAUAAAGCUAUCUUUUUAUGAACUGUGACACUUUUGAUUUU